AUGAAGAAACGGGACGCCAACUACAGGCGAGACGACAGCUACAGGAGAGACGACGCCUACCGACGAGACAACCGGUCGCAUAGCCGCGAGAGGCGAUGCGGCUACUGUGCCGGACCAUGGCACCCCAAGGAGCAGCUGGCCUCUUGCCCAAAGACGUCUGUGGCCGGCGACACGGACUCCGAUGAGUUCGCCCGGGGCAUCCUGGAGAUCCGGAACACGCCCCGGGUGGACGGACGCUCACCCGCCCAGAUCCUCUACGGGCGUCCAGUUCGGGACAACGCCAGGGACGACUCGCGGCGCGGCUCUGACAAGUGUCGGCGCUCGCCGAUGUUCAGGGACAACGCCAGGGACGACUCGCGGCGCGGCUCUGACAAGUGUUGGCGCUCGCCGAUGUUCAGGGACGACGCCAGGGACGACUCGCGGCGCGGCUCUGACAAGUGUCGGUGCUCGCCGAUGUUCAGGGACGACGCCAGGGACGACUCGCGGCGCGGCUCUGACAAGUGUCGGCGCUCGCCGAUGUUCAGGGACAACGCCAGGGACGACUCGCGGCGCGGCUCUGACAAGUGUCGGCGCUCGCCGAUGUUCAGGGACAACGCCAGGGACGACUCGCGGCGCGGCUCUGACAAGUGUCGGCGCUCGCCGAUGUUCAGGGACAACGCCAGGGACGACUCGCGGCGCGGCUCUGACAAGUGUCGGCGCUCGCCGAUGUUCAGGGACGACGCCAGGGACGACUCGCGGCGCGGCUCUGACAAGUGUUGGCGCUCGCCGAUGUUCAGGGACAACGCCAGGGACGACUCGCGGCGCGGCUCUGACAAGUGUUGGCGCUCGCCGAUGUUCAGGGACAACGCCAGGGACGACUCGCGGCGCGGCUCUGACAAGUGUCGGCGCUCGCCGAUGUUCAGGGACGACGCCAGCGACGACACCAACUGUGUUCAUGAGAUGGACGAGAGCAGGUGUUGGUAG